AUGCUUCAUGAUCAGGCGUUUGGGGUCGUUAUUUUGCUCUCAGGUUGCUCUUCUGCUUUUGUUGGACCAACAAUACGGAAUGACACACUCUAUAUUGAUGGAGGAAUCGAAACUUUCCGGCUGGAUAAUACUAAUUACACCAAUGGCACUGAUGUUGGAAAUACUAUUGGUGUUAUCCUGCUCAACGAAACUUGGAAUUGGUGGACAAACAUCACAGAAGCGAAGCUGAACAAAACAGAAAAUCCAGCCUCCGGUCUCAUCCGUGGCGCUUCCUACCAAGGCCCACCUGACGACUCGCGCAUAUGGACGUUCGGCGGAACUUCCUUCGAGGGCAACACUUCAUUUCCAGGCUGGCAUACGAUGCAAAGCUCCGCAACGCCACUGUGGUCCUUCGAUACUAACACCAAGGAAUGGUCGCCGUUCUCUGCGGGUCCCCUCGUCGAAGAGCCAAACUAUGGUCUCUCUGCAGAAGCACCAGACCAAGGCUUAGCCUUCUACUUGAAUGGACAGAUCGAUAACGGUACCAGAUUUACGACAAAUGAUCUCGGUAACAACACUCUUAAUCUUCCUGGAAUGGUCGUUAUAAAUCUGGCCAAUCAAACUUUUGCGAACAUCUCGACUCCAGGACUCAAUGAAAGCACAUACCCUCGAGCGGGUGGAAGUAUGGGAUACGUACCAGGUCUUGGCCGAAGCGGUAUAUUGGUUGCCUUAGGAGGCGCAUACCGCAAUCAAUCUGGCCCAGGGCCAUUCAAGGCGCAAACUCUUGCUACAUAUGAUACUGUCGAUGUCUUUGAUAUUGCAUCGUACCUCGAGACCCCGGCCACCAACGGGACCUGGUAUACCCAGGCCACGACGGGUAGCAUUCCGCCACCCCGAAUUGAUUCCUGCGUCGUGCUCGCUUCUGCCCCAGAUAACUCAUCCCAUAACAUAUAUCUAUAUGGCGGCCGCGACCCCACCUCAUCCAACAUGACCCUCUACGACGACAUAUACGCCCUCUCCCUCCCCUCCUUCACCUGGACCCUCAUCUACACCGGCUCCUCCCCGCGCUGGGGCCAUACCUGCCACAUCGUUGGCCCCGGCAAGCGCCAACUCCUGACUGUCGGUGGUUCACUCAACAAGACCACUGACCAUUGCGACUGGGAAGUCCGCGGCGUUGCCAUCUAUGACCUCUCCGCCGCCCUAUGGGGCACUGUCUUUAUCGAAGACGCACCAGCCUACAAUGUCACCCCUGCCAUCGUAAAGGUAAUCGGUGGUGAUUCCAUAGGGGCUGCCACACUGAAAGCGCCAGAGAAGGGAUAUGGGAACACAGCGUUAGCAGCUGUGAUGAACGCAACGCGUACGACAUUGGGCCCGACGGCAACCGCUACGCCUGCGAUAAAUCGUAAGAAAUCACACACUGGUACUAUUGUUGGCGCGGUCAUCGGGUCGAUUGCUGGACUCGCCGCCAUCCUUGUCGCCGCGUAUUUCAUCUAUCGCAAGCGCCUUCCUAAACCCCCAAGCCGUCCCCCAACGCCUAUGGCCGAAGCUCCGACGACAGGUGAGCGGCUCGAAGCCGUGGGCGACGACAAGCACCCCCUCGAAGCGCCUGGGGUGGAACUGCCGUGGGAGCUGGAGGCGAAGGGGGAGCCGCAAGAGCUAUCACCGACGUCGCUAGCGGAGGUUCAUGGAGAGGAUUGGAGAGAUGGUAGGGCUGAGCUUGAAGCACAGCAGAGGGUAGAGAUGGAGGAGCAGCAUGGGGUGAGUGAAGCUGAUAGAGAUGGGCCUGUUGUUGGGAAGGCAGGAGAAAGGGCCGAGUUGAGCGGGACAGCUGUUCCGUCGGGGGGAAGGCUGGGGGUGCCUGUUAUUAAGGCAGAUGAUAUGGCGUAGUCUUAGAUGUUUGUAUCGGGAAAGGGAUUGAAAAAGAUAGUAACGAAAGGGGCGCGCUUCGGCACCAGGUAAUUAGGUAAAAUCCCUCUCUUGGCUUCGUUUGUUGUAGAAGAGGUCUGAACAUAAUAAAGCUUAUACGGUUUAUUAUUUGAAUAACGUGUUCAAGGAUAGAAUAAGAAGCUCUUACCAUAGCACACAUAGUCACUGAGAGAGGCACUCGAUCACGUGAUCGAAUCAAAAGUGGUCAGGUACUUCGG